GAUUCUCAUUCCGUUGCAUUGCUUUGCACAUAGUCACGACUCGCGCACCGUUCUUAACGUUCGACUCGUCCAGUGGAGUAAAAUAGAGAAACGAAAUCGGUAUCGUUACAGAAACGUUUUGUUUUUUUUUUUUUUUUUUUCACUAGAUAUAAUCGCGCGCGUAUAUAAACAUAUAUUUAUAUACGUCCUUAUCCGAAAUCGAAUUUAUAAAUUCCCGCCAGUUGCCGACUGACGUGCAUACCGGUAACAAUCUUUCAGUGCGAAUUGAUGAGAUAAUAAUAAUUAUUUAAAUUAUUUACAUAUCGGUCCGUACGGAAAACAGUUUAUAAUAAAAUAUUAAAUAAUAUUAAAUAUAUUGAAAUCGUAUUGAAAUAAAAAUACGUGUACGGACGGUGAAAAAAAAAAGUAACGAUAAACGGAACAGAAUAAAAAUCACUGCAGACGGAAACAGUCGAAUUUGUUAUAGAAAAUCGUUAACUCCGAAGAGUGAAUCUCGUCGUCGGUUCCUCGUUAAUUUUUAUUUUUUAUUUAACACUUGCUGCACAUUAGAAAAAAGUCAUGGCCUUCAUGAUGCCUGUCGUAAAAAAUGAUUACAAUAUUUACAAAUCGAAUCGGAACAGACGUGUUUCCGAGUGUUCCAACGACAAGACGUCCGCCUCGUCGGCUUCGUCGUGCGGUGGCACCAGACGGAUGCACAGCGGUUCCCGGUCGGCGGACGGUCCGUCGUUGUCCACGUCGCCCGGCAGCGAUUUCAUGGUAGGCUCGCCGGCCCAUCGGUCGCUCGGCGGAGUGUCCAAGCAGACGGCUUUCCACCACGGCAGCCUGCAGCACCAUCACGGAGCUGCGUCCAGAAACUCGUCGCGGAAUUCGCAGUCCAGCCUGCAGAGCCCCGCCAAGUCUUCGUCGUCGUCCUCGUCGCCGCCAAAGGUGUCGUCCACGUCGUCACUGAACAUGUUCCACUCGAAGCUCGUCGACAAACUCAGGCGGUCGCUGACGUCUAAAUCCAAAGACAAUAGUACAACGACAGCCUCGAGUAAGGAUAUUGCGAGGAGAAGAUCCUGAGAUAUAGCCAAAGGUGACGACCAUCAACGGUCAGUACCAAACCUGACUAGAUCAGCAAAAAGCCGGCCAGUGUCCACUAUGGCCACGUCCUGUCCGUUGGGCACCAAUAUUGCGCUAUGAUAAAAUAAACAGUAAAAAAUCAAGAAUCCUACAGAAAAUCAUAGUGUACUCUUGCGUGCUAGGGUAAGUGCCGGCACUUUGUUUAGAAUAAUAAAUUAUUUAUUACACAAGUCGCAUCUAUUUUAAAAUACUGACUUUGUUUUUUUUUUUAAUGGAUGCAUUGUGUGUUUUGGUUAAUAAUAGAGAGUAUUCUAAAAAAUGUAUAAAUAAUAGCCUAUUUUAAGUUGAUACUUAGCCUAUAUUAUAUAAAAAAAAAUUAUUAGUUACAUUUUUUAUGUAUAUAUUAAUAUUGACAGCUUAUGGCUUAUCUCAGCAUUAUGGUUUAUUUUUAAUAUUAUUUUUUAGUACUUUAUAAAUAUUACUAUAUGAAAAUUAAAGAAGGUACUCGACUAAUUAUAACUUAAGCCUAUCAAUCAAUAGGGGACAAGGUCUUAUAACCUUAAUGUUUAAUGUAUUAUAUUAUUGUUGAAAAUGUCUUGAUGUAUUAACAGUGAUCAAAAAAUGAGGGUUUUUUUAAAAUUAAGAUACUCUGAUAGUGUCAAAUAUAAAAUCAAUGCAAUUUAAAUACAAUUUUAAAUCCAACAGGAUUCUAGGCAAGAUUUAAAAUAAAUUACUUGAUAGGCUCUUAUUGUUCUUUCUUACCAACCCGCCUACUUUAGUGUAUAAAUUAAUGUAUAUAAUAUUAUAUCAAUGUGUAAUUUGGGGGUAAAAUUUCAUUCAAAAGCUUUUUUUUUUUUUAUAUAAAAUAUCACAGAUCAAAUAUUUUUAAGAUAUAUUGAAAAGUAUUUAUAUAGAAUAUUUUGGCUGCAAUAAUUUAUAACUCGCACUCCAUAAGUCUGACUGACCAAAUAAAAUUAAAAAUACCAUAUCACAAAAUGUAUUCUUUUGCAAAUAAUUGUAAUGUAGUUUUCGUUCUUAAGGGGCAACAUAUGUCCUACCUGGAUACUCAAUAAUAGACUGUACUUAAAUUUGUUAGAUGUUCAUUAGGCUGUUACGUUGUAUCAUAAAGGGAAAAUUAUUUUAAUGGGUUGGUAAGUUAAGUCUGAUGCUCUGUUUUGUUUAUAAUAGGUAAAAAUUAAUCAACCAUAUAUAAUCUGUGAUACGUUUGUUACUAUUUUUUUAAGAUAUUCAGCUUUUAUCUUUAUUUAUCUAGGUAAAUAGGGUUUACUACAACAUGAAAAUAAAAACUGUUAUUGUUUUGGAGUUAGCUUAAAAAAAAAUAUUAUUAUUACAUUGGGCGCCUAAUUAUUAAUUUUCUCAUUAACUUUCCAUGAACAGUUCUCAUUUUUUUUCAUAAUUAUGAAUAAUAUACACUUAACACUCUCAUGUGCAAUUAAUCAUACAAAAUAAAUAGCUUCCAUAAUUAUAUUAAUUUUAACAUUAAUACAUAGUUAUUCAAUUUGGUUUUAAUUAAUUUUCUUGUAAUAGUUAUUUGGUAUUGAUUAUUUAAAAAUCAAAGUACAAAAGAAUAAUUAUAAGAAAUUAUGUUACCAUUCAUUUUUUAUUUUAAAAUGUAUGGAUAUCAUAAAUCUUAAUUUAAAUCUUUCAUAGUAUAACCGCAUCAUUAAUUCGUAGUUAAAUUAUUAAAUUAAUUAAUUUUUGAUGGCGCCCAAACCACAACAUAAAUAAUACUUGUCUAGAAAUCAUAAUAAGUUACAAUACUAAAUGUGAUAAUUACUUGUCCUUUGAAAUACAAUAGUCAAAAAUAUUUGUUACGUUUAAUUAUAUAUUUUGAUGAAAAAAAGAAACUAGUCUUUUUAUUUUUUAUUUAAUUAAGUUAUAUUUUCCUGUCAUGUCUGAUACCAAAAUAAAUUUUAUCACCGGUUUUUUUUUCCAAUAAAAUAAAAUCAUUGAAUUAGACUGAUUGAUAGACUAAAUAUUUUACACAGUAUUAAUAUAAUUGUUUUCAAACUUCAAAAGAAAAUGUACUUAAAAUGUCUUACAAAAUUAUACUGUCUUCACAUAAAUUAUUAUAACUAAAAAAAAGGAAAAUUAUUAAAUUAUCUUUAUUUAUCUUAUUUGUUUAUGUUUUUCUGUCUGUACGCAAAAAAUUAAUAUUAUAUGUCUAUUUUAUUGUAUAAGUGCCGGAAGAGAAAAAUGUAUUUUACAUUUUUAUUUGUAAUACAAUUGUAAUAAAAUCCUCAAUUAAUAAAAUAUUAUUUUUUAUUGUUCAA